AUGUCUCCGGACGAGGAGACUGGGGCUACACAAUUUGGCCGGAUUGGAGAGCUCCACCCUUGCUCUGGCUCAUUGACUUCUACUAGGGCUCCUCAACCGCCAAACCUCAUGAUUCCCACCAUGGAGGACUUGGUUAACUGUGAUGAACCCACUGGUAUUGGUCGUCAUGUGGAAGAUUUGGUUCAUGCGAUGGGCUUUGAUCAUCCACCUACCCCCCUUGCUGGAAGGAACCGUUGGCUUCAUCGUCAUCGUUUCCUUGACAAGGACACUGAUAAGGAACGUCCGUUGUUGCCUCAACAACUAGGUGGCGUGUCCUCUUCGUGA